UUGGAUGGUUGAAAUGAAAAAUAUUAAAGGGCAUAUUUCAGUAAACAAGGGCCCACAAACGCAAGGUUAGGAUUGUGCGACCCAUUCGAUUGAUUGGGACUUGUUUCACAGUGGGUCCCAUCUUGGUGUGUUUAUUUUAAGUUAGCGUAAGCCACUCCAUAUUUCUGAUCAUCACUGGCGGACCGAGUAUCAAGUAACUCAUAAGCGGCAGCAGCAGACUCUCUUUCUACAUCAUCAUGAAUCCCAAGGAAGAAGCAGCAGCAGCAGCUACUUCCGAUCCUCGCCAUCGCUUAUCCUGCACCACAUUCUUCGACGCGCUCGGGUUUUGCUAUUCUCCAGUUCACCAGAUGCAGCAAUAUUACAGGCAUGGAGUAUUUGACAACUGUUAUGAAAAGUGGAACGCACUUUUUGACUGUUUCAAUUUAAAAACAAAACGAUCAUCUGAGGUGCAGGAAAUUCUAGAAGCUCGCGCAAGAAGCAAGGCCCACAUUUGGACAUAUAGGACAGCAGAAGAAGCUACGACACAUUGGAAGGAACUCUUUGGCCAUGUAAACGAUGGCGAAUGAUUGGGUUCUUAUUUUCCUACAUUUGGGUAAUCGCUCUCCACCCUUCUUUACAUCACAAACGGUUAAACGGUGGAUGUUCUUUAACAUUCAACGGUGAACGGUAGUGCAUUAUUUGAAAUACUGAUUUUAGAUUGAUCUGAUCCAUCUGUAAUCAUCACAAAAGAAUAAUAAUAAUAAUCCAAGUACAAAAGUUGCAGCUGAAACAUUUGAAAAUUCUACUGACACAUGUAUGGAUUUUCUUGAAUAUUUUUCACAGUUAUAAUGCAUCAAUGGAAUGCUGAUCCCGAUUAUAACAUUGAAACAUUGGUUCGGUUCAUGUGUACCUACCAAAAGGAGGAAAAGAUACUAAUAAAAGGGAGCCACUGCUUCCACCCUAUCCUUUUUGUACAACACCCAUUUUUUUCUUUUUCUUGGCAAUGCAUUAGUACCACCUUUUUUUGGGGGGCGGUUUUCCUUACACCAAAGGCUGUCAGUAUGACCUGAGCAUGGGUCUUUCCCACAUAGGGGAGGCAUCUCUACCUACUCAACUUCGGAGCCGGAGACCAUUAGUACAACUUUGUACCAUUAAUACUCUGGCAGUAUGAUGGAUGAUACGCAGGAAAAGAAAAUUUGUACGCAUGGCAUGCAAGUAAUUCAAUUAAAACUGGCCAUAUUAUGGGUA